AUGCUGUCUACAAGGAAAGCCGUUUGGCUUUUUCUUGCCUUUGAACGGGUUCUGACUGCACAGAUACCUCUGCCGAGCCAUCCGCCUUUAUCCUUUUGCCCGGGGCUCGAAACUGAUCUUGGACAGUGGGACCUUGAUGAAGGACCUGCGGUGAAUGUGACAGGACAUCUAGUGUUCGAAACGGUCAAUUCUCUGCUUCAACUCUGGCCAAAUACACGUCAUCGUGUUGGUCAUACAAUAGUCCCAGAAAUCAUCCCCGUGGGCACUCUUCUCUACCAUGGAGCCGCCGGGUCAAUCGAAAAAGGAUGCUGGCACCUCGUCCUUACAGUUACUCGGCCAAUGAAAGUGCUCUAUUUUGCUGGAAGCAGCGGUGCGAAACUCCUUGAGGGCACCAUGGACACCCAAGAUCUCGUGGCAUGGUCGGGAAUGAAACCUGAGUGGGUGAAAAAUGAAGAGCAGCGCAUAAAGGAUCUAUGCAAAUGGGGUCAGAAAUAUGGGGUGAAUGGCUUUGUGAGUGAGAUUAUGGUCUGCAACUUCACCUCUCACAUGGAGGUCGCUUCAUUCUUAAAUCUCGAAAGCACUCGCCUCAGCGGCGGCACAAAUCCGGAGCUGCCUGAGGACACCAAUACUAGUAUAACGCAUUCUUCUUCAUGGCACGAUCAUUAUCCAGGAGAAACCCGAAUUAUGCUUGAUUUUUCUGGGCUCGUCUCUUUCUACGAUACCGCUCUUGUUCCCUCCUUAGUGCCGUGCCGUGUAGGCUUGAAGUGGUGGGAUCAUCAAAUAGGAGGAAUAUCAUCGGAGGAUAUAGAACGUGUCCAAGACAGGCUAUCUCAAGCGUUAGCACGACCACCUGUGACAACCAGCGGCAUUGACUGGAAAACGGUCUUGCGGGUGGUUGAUCGAUAUGCCAGCCGCCUAGAGUUUAUGCACCACCUUUUGAACCUGACGUUGGACGAUGGGUCAAUCUUUAACCACGCACAACAAAUUCAGAGACAACUGCGCACCGUGCUUCUGCCCUACAUUGUGUUUGCAGCUCUACCUCCCGAUAACUCCGUCACUGCCAACGCGACAAAUUCGUGGGCUGUGCCAGUUUUUCGGGAAUUGUCUCAUGGAAUGACACUGAUGCCCUCCGAACGCUUGCUCCUGCAGGCGGUCCAGGAAACUACGCAUGAAAUAUACCGCGUCGCCACGAAGAUGUGGGCAUCUGGAAUGAUUCUUGGAGUCGACCCCCUUUAUCCUCCGGAACUACGCCCUGAAGCUGAUCACAUACGCACUCUCAUGGGUCAAUGGAAGGAGGAUGUGACACAGUUGCUCUCCUGGUUAGACUGGAGCGUGUGGGUGAAGUGCCGACCGGCCUGUGGUUUCGAGGAGAUGUGCUACUUGCCUACUUGGCUCAUAGGGUUUUUCCCGACUCCCGGCGCACCACCUCAAGCUCAAUGGGACAAUACUUCCUUAUGGCCGGACCCAAAUAAUGGGGAAUGGAGGAGACCACAGCCGAAGUGCAUCAGACGGCUGGAGCCAUAUGGUUUUUAGGAUACGCGACUCGCAUGCACUAUUGCUAACAUAUAGAUGUCCUUUGUACGUAGUCUGACUUGUAAGAUUAUUGCACU